GAUUCGAUGCUAAAUUGUGUCACAUUUGUGAGCUGAAUCAUUGGUUAGUGUUCUUUCCCUGUUAUCCACAAGCUGCUGCAUCUUUAUAAUGUUAAGAUACUGCUUUAUUUCAUUAUUUUUUGCACUUUUAAGAUUUCUGACCUAGUUCCCUCUAUUUCUCUCAGAGCCAUUCUAUGGUACAAUUUACUUAUACAAUAGGGAGAGAAGAGAAAAAUUGUCAGAAGAUUUCUAUUUUAGCAUUCUACCAACUGAAAUGCAGGAUACUAAUAAAGUAUGUUCAGAAACUCGUGGACUUUUCUAUUUAGAUGCUCCGUCAGCAUCUGUGUGUCUACUAAUCCAAUUAGAGAAGCCUGCACAGAAGAAGGGGGAGUGACUCCUGUUUAUUCAUGUAAAGAACCUGUGCACUUGACCGAGAGAGAAACGCAGAAACUGCAGGUGUGGUCUCGAAUUAUGCCUUACAGAGAGUCCUUCGCCUGGGUUAUUGUUCCUUUUUAUGAUAAUAGCAUUGGUGGAGCUUCUGGUGGAUCUGCUUCUCCUAGUAGCCGUCUUGCUGCCAGCAUGUCUGGGUCUGGUUCCCAUGAGUGUGUCCUUGAGUCUGUUGCAAAGAUUACAUUAGAUGGGAAGAUGGGUUAUUCAAGCGGAAGCUCUAUUGUUGUUGAAAUAUCUAACUUGCAUAAAGUGAAAGAAAGCUAUACUGAGGAGUCACUUCAGGUAGUAAUUGGACAUGCAGCACUUCCAUUAUCCACCCAUGCACAGUAUGCAACUGCCUUUAUGUUUGUUAUCUUUUGUUUUGUUUCUUUCCUUGAUGAUUUAUUAACUUACAUUAUUUGUUCUGCUACUGAAGUGAUUGUUAUGGUUACUUUCCUGGUUUAUGUUGUGGGUACUUGGAUGAUAUCAAUGUUGCGAUCAGAAAUUUAUGAGAGAACUGGUUCCACAGUAUCUUCAAGAAAAUGGAAAGGAGAGGCUGGAUUAUUUGGAAGCUGGAAAAACUAUUUUUAAAUUGCAAUUAAGGCUUUGCUCAUCUUUUUAUCCAAUUAAUGAGCGCAUACGGGAUUUUUUUUCUUGAAUAUGAUAGACACACUCUUCGAACAAGUCCUCCAUGGGGUUCUGAACUGUUGGAGGUAUAUUGGCUAUGCUUCUUUCUUCAGUCUUUACAGUUGUCUUGGUUAAAUCCAUUAUUAGUAUUC